AUGCCCACGUUCCUUCUGUCUGUAGCUCCCUGUGCAGGUACAGAUGUGGAGGUGAACUAUGACUGCAACAACAACACAGCGAUGGUGUCCUGGAGCUCGGCAAGAGGAGCCAUUUCCUACGUGGUGACUGCAGCAACCGAUGGUCACCAAGCUUCAUGUGCGACUGUUGUGCCCCAGUGUGAACUGGUGGAUCUGCAGUGUGGUCAGACGUAUAACAUCAGCCUCACAACUAUCAGUGGCCAAAGCCAAACUGAGAUGCACACUAAUGUCACCUUCAGUACACGUCCCUGUAAAAUUAUAAAUGUUGGAGUAGACCUGCAGUGUGGAACAAAUACAGCCUACUUGUCCUGGGAGAAAAGAGAGGAGGUGGCUUAUUACCUGGCCACUGGCUCCUGCAGCGUGGGAACGACUCUGCAGUGCAACUCCACCAACUCCGUCUGCCAGUUCUCCAGUCUACUGUGUGGAGAAACCUACAACUUCUCUGUAGCUGCAUAUAGUAACAAAUGUUUUGGUGAAAUCAGCAGUACUGUGGAGAUUCAGACAGAACCCUGUCAGCCAACUAACCUGACAGUGGACGGGUUAUGUGACCUUGGGGCGGUGAAGUUGAAUUGGUCUGUUGCUCAAGGGGCAUCAGUCUAUGUGGUGACAAUUACAGGAGGCUUGGGAUACAACACAUCUUUCCAAACCGCUGAGACAGCGAUAGACGCCGAGCUGCCCUGUGGACAGCAGUUCAGCUUCACUGUAAAAGCCCAAGACGCAAAAUGUGACAGUGCCGUGAGCCUGCCUGGAAUUUUCAGGACAA